AUGCCUGUCAAGAGCGUCUCACAAAAACGUCGCAAAACCGUCGAACUGACGGACAAACCGGAGAAUGUUUGGCAUCACAAGGCUUCCAACGUGCUUGAACGGGCCAACAUGCACUUUGAUUCUUCAUGUACCAUCGUCCGGAAUCAAGCAAAGAUCAUUUUCGACAAAAUGGAUCACUUGAGCGGACAUUCUUCGGCUGGUUACGCAGCAGUUGCGAUGAUAAAAAUUUUCGCUAUAUUUUUCUUGAUUAUUGUUGUGGUCGAGUGCAUAUUUCAUUUUCGAUCUUAUUUCUGGUUGUUGUGCGGAUAUAUGUGUUCUCUCUUAUAUUUCGCUGUGGUGAUAGUAGUGCGAGGCGCUAACAUGAUUUUGGUGAGUGCAUGGGCUAUUUUUAAGUACGUCUUCUUCUCCAUCGGGAAAAUGCUUUUGGCAUCGACAGGAAUUGCCAUAUAUUACUUAAAGUCCUCCAUGCUAUUCGUUUUAAAUGGCGCGGUUAUUAUUGAGAUUCCCACACGAUGGACCUCGAAUUUGAGCAUUAACGCGAUAGUAAAGGUGAUCAAAACUGUAGCUAUUUUGUUUAUGUUACGAUCUUUCACUUACUUCCUUCACUUGGUUGUGGCGUACAUCAUCAGAGUUCCAAGCAUAAUCUGGGAAAAUGUGGUUGCUAUUUUAGAAUAUGUUCGAAAUUCUAACUCGGAGAUCUUCCUUGCACUCAUCAGACUUGCCUUUAAGUGCCUAACAUCGAUUUCUUCGCUUGCUUCGAAUUGCUGCACUGUUACAUAUUACCAAAUCAAUUUGAUCUCGAACUCUGUCGUCAGUUUAACAAACAGUUGGAAUGGUAUUUUACUGGUAUGCUUCUUGUUUGGGGUACUGGUGCUGGUGUUACUCCUCAGAGCUACAGCUUUUACUAGCAACUUGUUAGGAGCUGGUUGCAAGUCCACGCCUUACUGUUGGCAGUUCAAAGAGAAAGAUUCUUAUUCGUGGAGAAGUUUUGGCCCUUCCGACAAUGUGGCUUUGGAAGAGCUUUAUUGUGACGUGGAUAAUCUAGAAGUUAAAGUGAACCUUAAAGAUACUGCAUCAAGUGUUGUUGUGACACCAUCAUCGCAGAUGUCAGUUAAUUUCGAGGAGAUGUCCAUGCACUCACCCCUCUCUACCCGGUUAUUGCUCCGUCGAUGCUCGACACCAUCUUACAUACAGGAGCCGAACAACAAGUCAUCCACAUUGUGGGUUUGGUAUUGGAAAGACAACGAUGGUUGGAAGAAAUACACUAAAACGAAACAGUCUUCUGGGAUUAAGCAAGAGAAGAUAGAGGCUGCCUAUUUGAAUAAAGAUCGUAUUUAUUCCUUUCGAAACGGUUCUCACAAUUACAUCGUCAAAUUCUACAAAACACCUAUGUACCAAAUGAAUACGGACUCACAGUUCCCUACCAAGCGACAAGUUAGAAGGAGACCAUUGUUUGUUUCAAAAUCAGCACCUGAGAACACAAAUAGGUAUCAUACGGGCAAGGCUAAGGAUUUUGAACGAAAGCGUUUGAGAAAGCACUGCAAAGAAUACCGAACUGUAAGUCAACGUUUUCACGAAACAUUGCCGAAACUCAAGGCCUCCAUAUUGAUGGUGGAAAAAAUUCGGAAUGACGAGUUACGCGAGAGAUACGAAAGUAAGUGCGAACGAUUUCAAAGGAAACUAACACUAAGAGGGUACGAUGAGAUCGAAAAGUUGCUUUUCCAUGGUACAACACCAGAUGUUGUUGAUGCAAUCUGCAAACAUAACUUUGACCACAGAUUGCGAGGGAAGAACGGGACACAGUAUGGAGAAGGAAGCUACUUUGCUGUGGAUGCCUCCUACAGUAAUAACUACAGUAGUGAUGAUGGCGAGAAGACGAGAUACAUGUUUCUGGCAAGUGUGUUAACAGGGGAAUCAAAGCUUGGACGUAGAAACUUUCGUCGACCGCCUCUAAAAGAUCCAAGCAAUCCUACUAGCGAUUUGUAUGAUUCUUGUGUUGACGACGAAAAUCAACCAAAGAUCUUUGUAAUUUUUAAUGACGAACAGUGCUAUCCUUCUUAUUUGAUUAAAUAUCACUUGAAAUAGGUUUAUGUUUCGAGGCCAUAUGCAUCACAAUGGUAAACAUUCAGGAACAAGCGCUUUCAAUAACCCUAUCAGUUGCAGGGAGAACACGAAAUGAAACCCCAUUAAGAAAAGAGAAAAAUAGAUUGUAAAAAAAGAUACAAGGACAAACGGAAUUUACUACAGAGUGCUAUAGCUUGAUAAGCCGUAAAAUUUUCACAACGUAUAGCGUGAAAGAAUAAGCUGUCAUUCUGUUAAAUGGACAAAAUUAAAAAAGUUAAUCAAA